UUUGUUUCAUUUCAUUUGCUGAUUUAGUUACACAAUCUGUGCCUAUAAAUUCUUCAAAAUGUUCUACAUUAUCAAGGUGGUUUGUGCGACUGAUACCAGUACUUGUAAUAAUAUCAUUAGUAGCAGUAUACAUGGCAUGGGCCUUUAAUCCUACAGUAAAUUCACCAAUUGAUGAAUAUGCAUUAAAACUACGUGAAAAGUACAACAAAACUCUAACGAGGUAUAAAGAUCCAGAUAUUAAUAAAUACCCAGCUGCUGGUCCAACAGCUCCUGCUGUUCCUUUUAUACCUCCAAAAUUAAUCAGAUUGAAAAACCACCAGGAGAAAGCAGAUGCAGAAUUUUUACAUAGCAUUGAUAAGGAAAUACUGAAACAUGAUAAUUUUGAAAAAAUAAAAAUUGGUGAUCUUUUGAAGCCACUAAGAGAUAAACCAUUAAAAUUUGUAUUAAUUGAAGGAGAGCCUGGCAUAGGAAAGAGCACAUUAGUUAAAGAGUUAGCACUACGAUGGGCUAAAAGAACAGAUAAAUUAUUAAACAACUUCAAAAUUUUAUUUUUCAUUCCAUUGCGCCUUGAAAUCUAUCAAAAAGCUGAAAGCAUUGAAGACCUUAUUGAUGUUGAAUGUAUUAAUAUAAUUUCUUUGAUCAAGAGAGCAAGAGGAGCAGGAGUUCUUUGGAUAUUAGAUGGUUUUGAUGAGCUUCCGCAUCAUUUGAGAAAGAGUUCAACUUCAAUAUUCAUUAAACUUAUAAAAGGAGACAUUCUUCCCAAGUCAACAGUGAUAGUUACAAGCAGACAUGCUGCUACUGAUCCCUUGCUUAUCUUUUUAGAAGAUGAUUCAAAACAUAUUGCUCUGAGAGGGUUUGGGUCAACUGAAAUCUUAAAAUAUGCUUCUAAAUAUUUUAAAAAUCAAGUAGUACUUUUUGAGUUUCAAUCUCAUUAUAGUGGCAGUACUGUGAUUGAGAAUAUGCUGUACAAUCCAAUGAACUGCUUCAUAAUGUGUAAAAUAUUCACUGAUUUUAUACAUACUAAAAAUAAUAACAAGUACCCAAUAACAAUGACAGCAAUUUAUAAUUACUAUGUUCGUGCAUUACUCAAGCGACACCUCAUUGAUGCUCAAGUAAUUGAUAUAAACUAUGAAAUGCCUCCACAUUUAAUACGUGAAAUUGAUUUUAAUAUUUCUAAAUUAAAUGACACUUGGGAAGAUUUUUAUUAUCUUUCUCGAGUAGCUUAUAAAGGUGUAAUAAAGCAGGAAUAUGUUUUUGGAAAGGAGCUUCAUAAUGUUUCAAAACUGAGUAUGAUGGACACCAUCAUUAGCUUCACUGGGUUUGAUAAAGAUGAGUCCAGCAGUUUCAUACACACUACACUACAAGAUUAUUUUGCAGCAAUUUAUCUUGUCAAUAAUCCUGGCUCCAUGUUUACUGAAACUGACAUGAACCAAAACUCAAAUCUUGAGGAUGUUCUUAUUUUUUAUGUUGGAUUAUCAAAGCAUAUUGACAGAAAAAUAGGCACACUGGAUAUGCUAAGAACUAAUGUUUUCCAUGGUUCAUAUAAUCUAAUAUAUUUAGGAAUAAGUAGUUUACUGCUCAGAUGUAUAUAUGAGAAUGAUUUACUUUUACACAAUCAAGACUAUAAUUUAGACUUUGGUCAUACAUGGAGCAUUGCAAAUGUACCUAUGAAUAAUUUUGAUUACUUCAUUGCUGGUUAUAUUGCUGCUACUCACAAUAUUACACUCAGAAUUAAUGUAUCACAUGCAACUCAAUUAACAGCAUUCAAAAAAGGACUUCAAUUCCAGCAAAAUUCUGUCAAUGGAAAAAUUAAUAUUAGGCUGCACUAUCUAGAUUUUUCUAGAGCAGAUCCUGUGGCUGAAGUUGACCUACCAAGUGAUGCAGUAAUAGGAUUAAAUUUAAUGCUUGAUCUAGAUGUAUAUUCAAUUUGUCAAAUUAUUUCAAAGUUUCCAUUAUUGGAAGAGCUUCUUAUUAAAAUUGAUGAUAAAUUUGACUGUCAUUCAACAAUAUUAGAGCAUCCUUUAAUGAAACUCAAAGAACUGGAAAGGUUGGCAAUCGUAAUCAUGACUUACAAUUAUAAAAGCAUUUUAGAAAUACUCAAACAAUUUGUUGUUCCUGAACGACCUCUUAAAAUUUAG